AUGUCGUAUUUACAGAUCGACCCUGUCGGAGCAAUUGCAGCUGCCACAGCCUCAAUUGAUCAAUCCCUCAAACUUAUCCGACGAGUCUCUACAGCCAUUGAGAUCCAUAAGAAUGGCAGAAAAGAUCUAGAGUUCAUUUUCAAUGACCUCUUUAGUAUCGCUCAGGUCAUAGAGCUUGUCCAAACCAUCGAAGAAAUCAGAACCAAAGGAGUCCUUAAAGCCUUAGCAAAUAUGCUAAAACAUGCUGAAAAGUUAGAUGAUCAUAUCCAGCAGGUCAAAAAGAAAUCCAGCACCGGAUCUUCACUUCGUCGCGCCGCUCACCACUUCAUGACUGGCCCUGAGGAUCUAGAGCAUACUACUAGAGUAGUCAAUGAGCUAGCAUCUCUCAAGACAACCCUCAUCCUUCAUAUCCAAGUGGCUCAUGUUGGCCUUGUUGUCCAAAAUGAUCAGGAUAAGAGGGCAAACCCAGGUUGCACUCACAUGCUGGACAGUUCGCUUCUCCAUGAGGUUAAUCACAUCGUUGAGCAGAGACUCGGUGAUGGCAUGAUUCGCCUUACCCAAGAGGAGUAUGAAUGCCUUGUGUUUCAUAGUUUGGACGAUAGUCAACUCAUCCAAGAACUCAGUACAAUUCGCGUUGCCAAUAACCAUAGCUUUGAUCAAGCGCUGCAAAUCAACGCAUUCAUAAGCGAUGAUUGGGCGGAGUUCGCUCAUAACCUUACUGUCGAGGACAAUGAGGCUCGCAACCAGUCGAUUCAGGUAAAUGUACCUACUCGGACACAGGAGUUCGCCAACGUUUUGGCCAGCAGAAACAAAAUGUUCGAAAUGAUGCCGAGUUCGGCUUGGGCACCAACUCCACUGAUGCCAAAGCAAAGUUUCAGAAGCCUGGAGUGA